AUGCCAAUGGAUCACAGCACCCAGAAAAAGCAGCCCACAAUUCCGCGGCCUAGUUCGAGUGUACUCUUGGUAUCAUCCAAGAACGAACUCCUUCUUCUCCACCGAGUUAAGACUUCUAGCUCCUUUGCUUCGGCCCAUGUCUUCCCUGGUGGCAAUUUAUCCACCCAAGAUGGGCCCUGUCCUCCACCCGAAGAUCUAGGUCGGCACGAGGAUUCUCCCAGUUACAGGCGCGCAGCCAUCAGGGAGCUAUUUGAAGAAAGUGGCAUUCUUCUAGCCAAAAAUCGCAACUCAGGCAAGAUGAUUGCCGUCGAUGAGCCUACCAGAGAGGCAGGCCGACGGUUAAUCCACCAGAAUAAGGCUACCUUCGACGAGUGGCUGAAGGAGCAAGAUGCCCACGCGCAACCAGAUAUAGAUCAAUUGAUACCGUUCACUCGUUGGAUUACACCAACCAAUGUACCCAAACGAUAUACCACUCAGAUGUAUCUUUACUUCUUGCCUUUACCCACCGACGUGGAUAAAAGUGUGCUUGCUGAACUCCCGACUGAAGGCGAGCGUGAUGAGCUGGAGAGUCCGACCAGCGACGGCGGCAUCGAGGUCACAGAAGCCCAAUUUCUCCCUGCAUCAGAGUGGAUUAACCGUGCACAAAAGGCAGAGAUAAUCCUCUUUCCGCCUCAGUUCUUGCUAUUGCACUUGGUAUCCGCAUUCCUUGAUAAGGAGCCUCGCGUGGGAGCCUCUCUAGAGAUGCAAAAGCGUCGUCAGCAGCUUGUUGAGUUCGUCCAUUCCGGGUCUCCUUCAUGGGCUCAGAAGUGUAUUUCUCCGAAGAUGCUCCAGAUGACUGGUGAUGGUCGCUCUGUUUUGGGAUUGAGUGAGCCUGGUCCUGAAUUGAAAGGCACGGAUCGGAAAGGCGAGUCUGAGAGAGUUGUGAUUGUACGAUUCAAGAAGGGAAGUGCAAGGGAGGUGGAAGUUGGAUGGAAGAAGGACGUUAUGCAACAAGAGAGGCAGAAGAGUAAUUUGUAG